AUGAUCAAAUCUUCUACUUCGAAAGAGUCGAAAAGAUUUCCUGUCAAGCUCCAGAUUUCCCCGGCAUCCCUAAAGCUAGAGAUAGUCCACAUAGACCAAAAGACUAUAGUCGGCCUGAGCAACUUGGGCUCUACCAAAGUAUCCGCAUUUAAUGACGCCAUUCAAACGUACGGAGUAGUUCUCACUGCGACGGCCGUUUUCCCGGCCAAGUUCCGCCACAGUUACGUCCCGUGCGCUCUCCGUAUCAUUGUUUACGGCUGCAUGGCGUCCCACCAGGCGGUGGCGGAGACUCUGGGCCUUCGAGGUCUUUACCUACAGCACCCUAUCUCUCUGAGUACGAUGAUCGUGUGCCAUACUUCAACCCACAAUAUCUCGUUCGCCCUGGCGGGUCGAUGCCCCCUUGGAGGACCUGAAGAUCUCGGGCAAAGACUCCAUCGCGUACGCGAACGACCUGACCGCGCACGAAAGGCGCACAUUGCUAGAGAUUUUCGACUGCGCACGUGGUCCAGAUUCGAUACUUGGCACCAAAUUACCGCCUUGGCGAUGAUGAUCGAAAAGGAAUGCAACGUGACUGACAACCUGGCCUUCCCUGCGCUAUGGGAGUUGAAGACUAAUGGAAACGGUCUGAAAAGGCACGUCCAAGCAGGGAGAAUAAGUGUGCUUACGUAUCAUGGAAACCAGAGGCACCAUACAACACAGGCGUGGGGCCACUCGGAUGUGGUACUUACUACCUACGGCGUGAACCGUCUGGAUGACAUUGGGGCGUUGGUGAGUUUUAUCCAGGUCGACGGCCUUCACUCUCAGAAAGACUUCAAUCGCUUGAUCGCAAGUCCAAUUAAGAACAAGAAGAGCUAUGGGCUCGAUCGUCUCCGCUCCCUUGUCAAAGCUAUAUGCCUGCGUCGGACAAAGGACAGCGUGCAGAACCUGGUGAGGCUGCCGCAAAAGGAAGAGAGAGAUAUGGUUUUGAGCCUGACCGGAGAGGAAAAGAAACUGUACGAGUUCUUUAGAGUCCGAGCAGCCAGGGCGUAUGAUGAGAUGCAGAAACUCAAAGCCAGGCGCGCUGUGAGCAAGGCACAAAAGCAACCUAGCGCUGGGGGCACGAAAAGCGUUAAUUUAACGGCCGCAAACUUUGUUCACAUACUCGAACCUCAAUGGAAUCCCAUGGUCGAGGCUCAGGCUGUAGAUCGAGUCCAUAGAAUCGGCCAGGAGAGGGAUGUAGUUAUCACUCGCUACCUUAUCAAGGACUCGGUGGAAUUUGUGCGUACACCAAGAACUAACUAA